GCUUACAGACUGCUGUGGAACACUGAAGACUAAUCAUGAGCACAAACUGCUUGUCCAAAAAUAAUCAUCUCCUCAAAGGAGACUUCCUGGUGUCCAACAACAAGCAGUAUAAGGCUAUUUUUCAGGAUGACGGUAACUUUGUCAUCUACGCCUGGAGGCCUGUGUGGGCUUCAGACACUUGCGGAUCAGACGCUUUCCGCCUGAUCAUGCAGGAAGACUGCAACCUAGUCAUGUACAACAAGUGUGGCACACCUAGGUGGCACACAAACUCCGUCAGACCCAGCUGCAACGUAUGCCGUCUUCAUCUGACCGAUGACGGCAAACUGGUGGUGUAUAGAGAGUCUGAAGAAAUCUGGAACUCUGCAGUGUCCAAAGGCAUGAAGUGAUGCUGCUGAAGUCAUACGUGAAACCAUUUUUUCACAUCACUUUGAGUUUCAUGUAAACCUUCAGCUGUGCUAAUCAAACCACAGUGUUCACAGUGCA